AUGGCGACGAGGAGCAGCCCCAGCCCCAUGCCCGUGGGCACGGCUCAGGGUGAUCCUGGAGAGGCAGGAACACAGCCGGGUCCUGAUGCUGGCAUCCGGGAGACUGGGUCAGCCACUCAGCUGAAGUUGAAGCCCAAGAAAGUGCGCAAGAUCAAGGCACUCAUCAUUGACCUGGGCUCCCAGUACUGUAAGUGUGGCUACGCGGGGGAGCCGAGGCCCACCUACUUCAUCUCCUCCACUGUGGGCAAGCGCUACUCCGAGGCCGCCGAUGCUGGCGACACCCGCAAGGACACCUACGUGGGCCAUGAGCUGCUCAACAUGGAGGCGCCCCUGAAGCUGAUGAACCCGCUCAAGUAUGGCAUCGUGGUGGACUGGGACUGCGUACAGAGCAUCUGGGAGUACGUCUUCCACACGGCCAUGAAGAUCCCCCCCGAAGAGCACGCCGUGCUGGUCUCUGACCCCCCACUCAGCCCCAGCAGCAACCGGGAAAAGUAUGCAGAGCUCAUGUUCGAGACCUUUGGUAUCCCUGCCAUGCACGUGACGUCCCAGUCGCUGCUGUCCAUCUACUCGUACGGCAAGACCUCGGGCCUGGUCGUGGAGAGCGGGCACGGCGUCUCGCACGUGGUGCCCAUCUCGGAAGGAGACGUGCUUCCGGGCCUGACGGGCCGCGCCGACUAUGCCGGGAGCGACCUCACCACCUACCUGCUGCAGCUGCUCAACGAGGCCGGCCACAAGUUCACGGACGACCACCUGCACAUCAUCGAGCACAUCAAGAAGAAGUGCUGCUACUCGGCACUCGUGCCUGAGCAAGAGCUCGGCCUGGGCCUGGAGGAGGUGCGCGUGGACUACGAGCUCCCCGACGGCCAGCUCAUCACCAUCGGCCAGGAACGCUUCCAGUGCGCCGAGAUGCUCUUCAAGCCCACCCUGGUGGGCAGCAACCAGCCGGGCCUCCCCGCGCUCACCUCCGCCUGCCUGGACCGCUGCCAGGAGGCGGGCUUCAAGGAGGAGAUGGCCGCCAACGUGCUGCUGUGUGGUGGCUGCACCAUGUUGGAAGGCUUCCCUGAGCGCUUCCAGAGGGAGCUGAGCCUCCUCUGCCCCGGGGACAGCCCUGCAGUGGCCGCUGCUCCUGAGAGGAAGACGUCCGUGUGGACUGGCGGCUCCAUCCUGGCCUCCCUGCAGGCCUUCCAGCAGCUGUGGGUCAGCAAGGAAGAGUUUGAGGAGCGGGGCGGGGCGGCCAUCUACAGCAAGUGCUGA